AUGGAUAAGAAGAUUUCCUUUCCCGAUGAUCUUCCUGAAGGCACAAUCUCUGCGCUUAUCCAGAAGCAGAACAAUGUGCAGCCUUCUGUCAUCGUGAUUGGCAGUGGUAUAUCAGGUCUUGCUGCUGCUAGGAAUCUCUCGGAAGCAUCCUUUAAGGUGACUGUUCUCGAAUCACGCGAUAGGAUUGGUGGUCGUAUCCAUACGGAUUAUUCAUUUGGCUGUCCAGUUGAUAUGGGAGCUUCAUGGCUACAUGGAGUCUCCGACGAGAACCCCUUGGCUCCCAUUAUCCGCCGUCUGGGACUGACUUUAUACCGAACUAGUGGGGAUGACUCCAUCUUGUAUGAUCAUGAUCUGGAAAGUUAUGGACUUUAUGACAUGCAUGGGAAUAAAAUUCCUCCGCAAUUGGUCACUGAAGUUGGAGAUGCAUUUAAGAGAAUUCUCGAAGAGACGGAGAAAAUAAGGGAUGAAACUGCCAACGACAUGUCAGUUCUUCAAGGAAUAGCCAUCGUCCUGGAAAGAAAUCCAGAACUAAGGCAACAAGGGAUGGCAUACGAAGUUUUACAGUGGUACAUAUGUAGGAUGGAGGCGUGGUUUGCUGUAGAUGCGAAUUUGAUUUCCCUAAAAUGUUGGGAUCAGGAUGAAUGCCUGUCAGGUGGCCAUGGUCUAAUGGUCCAGGGUUAUGAGCCAGUGAUCAGAACACUUGCAAAAGACAUCGAUAUCCGGUUGAACCAUAGGGUUACUAAAGUAUCAAGAACAUUUAAUAACAAGGUGGCAGUUGCAGUCGAAGGGGGAACCAAUUUUGUUGCUGAUGCAGUUAUUAUCACGGUUCCCAUCGGUGUUCUCAAGGCAAAUCUGAUUCAAUUUGAGCCAGUGCUUCCACAAUGGAAGACCUCUGCGAUAUCAGAUCUCGGCGUAGGCAAUGAGAAUAAGAUUGCCCUGAGAUUUGACAGAGUGUUUUGGCCCAAUGUGGAGUUCUUGGGGAUGGUGGCCCCGACUUCUUAUGCAUGUGGCUAUUUUCUGAAUCUUCACAAGGCAACAGGCCAUCCAGUGCUUAUUUAUAUGGCUGCAGGGAAUCUGGCUAAAGACCUGGAAAAGCUCUCCAAUGAGGCUACCGCAAAUUUCGUGAUGCUCCAACUUAAGAAAAUGUUUCCCGACGCACCUGACCCGGCUCAAUAUCUAGUGACACGGUGGGGAACAGACCCAAACACAUUGGGGUGUUAUGCAUAUGACGUAGUUGGGAUGCCAGAAGAUCUGUAUGCGAGGUUAGGAGAGCCGGUGGAUAACAUAUUUUUUGGAGGAGAAGCUGUGAACGUCGAGCAUCAAGGAUCUGCGCACGGAGCCUUCUUAGCAGGAGUCUCGGCCUCCCAGAAUUGUCAAAGGUAUAUCUUCGAACGUCUCGGGGCAUGGGAGAAACUCAAACUUGUUUCUCUUAUGAGGAAUAGUGAUAUUCUCGAAACUGCAACUGUACCUCUCCAAAUCUCCAGGAUGUGA